AUGUCUAUCUACUAUUCUCCAACCUGGACAAAUAUCCCGGAUAACUUGUCAAUCUCUCAGCUCAUGCAACAUGGGAUCGGAAAGAUUGAUUCAGACAAGAUUAUUUAUGAAGAAGCGAUAACUGGCAGAACCGUGACAUACAUGUUAUUUCAUCGUCAAAUUCGUCAAACGGCGUAUAAUAUGCGCCAUGAGCUAUUACUACAGGCAGGUGACACUGUACUUAUCUCAGCAUCUAGCUGCAUAGACUACAUUCUUACUGCACACGCUGUUUGGUGGGCUGGAGGGGUUGUGAGCGCUAUCAAUAAUAGCUCCCAUCCUGACGAGAUAUCUCAUGCCCUCAACCUGGUAAAGCCAAAAUUUCUGGUGGUCGACAACACUGUUCACGAAAAACUGUCCGUUACGUUGAAGAAACCCGAGUACGCCAGAUCUCUCACUGGAUUGAAAGUUUUCAAUAUUGGAAGUGGGAACAGUGCAGGGUGGCCACAGCUUCUAUUAAGCACUUCCUCCUCAUCUGAUGGGCUUGAAAUCCAUAAUCCAAUUCGCGAUCAUGAUUUCAACCCCAAGAAGUGCUGCGCUGCUAUAUUGCUCUCUAGUGGCACCACUGGGGCCUCCAAAGCAGUCAUGUUAUCACACUAUAAUCUCAUCGCUACGUGUUUUCAACUGCGAUGUGAUAACCCAGCCAAUUGGCGGGGUAGCCAAAGAGAGAUAUUUUUUCCUCCUCUAUCCCACGUUUAUGCUACAUAUGUGUGUUUCACUAUGAAUCUUUGGCUCGGAGCUUAUGUCUGUCUUAUGCCACGUUUUGACCUCAAACUUUAUUGUCGGCUGCUUUCCGAAAGGUCGGCCACCUUGGCGAGAAUCGUGCCUGCGGUGGCUAAAAUGCUAGCUGAGAGCCCAAUUGUCGGUGAAUAUAAAUAUCCCAACCUGGAAUAUUUCAGCUGUUCGGCUGCCCCAUUACAUGAAGAAACUGCAGCUAAACUUCGCAAAGCAUUUCCUGGCGUUGCACUGUGUCAGACAUAUGGAUGCACGGAAUUAUCUGGACCUUGUGUUCAGAGUGGUGUGCGCGAUCGGGGCCUCCCACUAUCUGCCUCUGGUACCGUGAUCACAAAUUGUGAGAUCCGAUUUGUAGAUUCGACUGGAAACGACGUUGGGGCGCGCGGACCUGGUGAAAUCCUUUGUAGGGCACCAAAUGCAAUGAUGGGCUACAAGGAUAACUUGGAAGAGACAGAGAAUACGAUCUCUCAAGAUGGAUGGCUUCACACCGGAGAUCUUGGGUACCUCGAUGAAAAUGGAUACCUCUACAUCUAUGAUCGUCUCAAGGAAAUGAUUAAAUACAAGGGAUUUCAAGUUGCCCCUUCCGAGCUGGAGAACAUAAUCAUUCAGCAUCCUCAUGUUAAAGAGGCUGCAGUCAUUGGUGUUUGGAGCUCUAGCGAGGACACCGAGAUUCCCCGAGCCUUUGUGUCCUUGGAGGAAGCAGAUCCUCAAAAUUUGGAGAUUGUUGCAAAGGAGAUUACAGAUUUCGUAUCUGAGAAAGUUGCAAGCUAUAAGAGAUUGCGAGGUGGUGUGGUGGUCCUUGAAGAACUACCAAGGAAUGCAACAGGCAAGUUACUGAAGAAGAAAUUAAAGGAACUCACUGUACAGUCAUUACAUCCAAGGGAAGCUAUUGUUGCUAAACUUUGA